ACAAGUACCCCAAUCCCGUACGGAGCUGCUGCCGUUCCUGCUGACGACGUCACGACGAUUAUAAUAUUACGAUUAUAAUAUUUUGUAUUAUUGUCUAUGCACUGUAUGUACGUUAUUAUCUCUAUUCUAUUGAUGCUGAUCAAAUUAACAAAUAAUUUUGUUCAUCAUUCGCCGCAUAGUACGUUGCCGUUUCUUCAGAUUUUUCCUACUUCCCAGCGUGUUUCCGGUCAAAGGUUUUAGAUUUUCAUUGAAAUUUCAAUGUAUCCGUCUAAUGGUGUUUGCUGUGGUUAUUUUAUUUGUCUGUCUGGCAUAUGGGAAGUCAGCCAGGUUUCAAGACACUGAUAUUAACUCUGGAGACUUGUCAAAAACAGUCAAUGACUAUUUUCUUUGCCGGCACUGCGGUACAGAUAUUUCACCAUUAUCAUCACUUGUAUCAAUUGACAGUCCGGCUGCUUCAAAUAGCCGUGUAUCUCAAUUAUUUGGUUUGAAAGAUAUCAAAGUCCAAACUGUAAAGAACUCAUUGCAUUCACAAUUUGAAAUUAUUACACUAUCUAAAACUUUAUGUGUUGGAAAGGGCAAUUGGCAGACCGAAGACUCAUGGUUUCCUGGUUACGUUUGGAAAGUUUGUGUAUGUGCUAAAUGUGGACGUCAUAUUGGGUGGAUGUUUGAACCUUUACAUUUGGCUACCAGUGAUAAAAUAUACCCAUCAAAAGAAGGGUUUUAUGUUGUCAUCAUCUCAAGUAUUAUUAACGAACUACAUGCUGACUCACUGAUUGUGGUGCCAAAACAUUUUUCUACGAUAGAAGAGAUUUCAGAUUAAAAAUGUCAUCUCCGAGUAAUCAAAAUUCAACAGAUAGCAAACAUGAAAUAGUUAUUAAAGAUAACAUCACUACAUUUAAAAUCCUUGAAACAUGUGUCGAUGAACCACUAACAGAGAAUCAGAAAGAAAAGUUAUUGCAAUUUGAGGAGGAGUUUAUAAAUCGAUACACAGAUGACGAUGAAGAUUUUGUUGCUACAGUAACAAUUGGACUUACAACUCCACCAUUAGUUCCUUCAUAUAGACCAUUCUGGAAUCGUAAAAGAGAUAAUAAAAGAAAAUGGGAAGACAGGAGUGAUAGAAAUUCGCAUUAUCAUCACAACAAACGCAAUCAUGGUUAUUAUAAUGAUUUUAGAAGAUAAGAUAAAUCAUUUACAGACUUACAGUACACAUGUGUGAAUUGUAUUAUCCAGUGGUUCUGAUUUGUAUAAUAAUUUAUACCUUACAAUGAUUUUAUUACAAAAUCUAUUAUAAUAAUUAUUUUCUUUCAAAAAUAUAUAUACUUUUUUUAAAAUUUA